AUGGUAGUCUCAUGCGUAAUUGAGCCCGUAUGUCGGAACUGCGUGGUGUCACCGACGGGGUCCUCUCCUCCUCCGCUGCACGAGCAGGCCUCCUCCCCCCCACCUCCAGCGCCGGCGUCACCGCCCACGUCACCGAGGCUACUCCCUUCACUUCCAUCACCACAACCCUCGCACAGCGGCUCCUCAGUGCCCAGCCAGUCUAACUCCCCACACCCCUACUCCUACCCGAACUUCAGACGGAGCCAGCCGAUCCAGAACCAGAGUUACCCAGAGUUCGGGCUGCUACACAGCCACAGCGUGUCGCAGCUGAACCAGCCUGGGCAGAGUUACCAGUCACCUCAGUCGCCGCAGUCAGCAAUGUCGCUGUCUCCCCACCCGGUGCCUCAGGGCAAGUUCCGAGGACUGCUGGAGCACGCGGAGAGGCUGAUGAAGCCCGGAGACCCUCACCGGCACUCGCAGAGUGACGAUGACUCAGGGUGCGCGCUCGAGGAGUACACAUGGGUGCCGCCAGGCCUAAGGCCAGAACAGGUGCACCUGUACUUCUCAGCGUUGCCAGAAGACAAGGUCCCGUACGUGAACAGCGUGGGGGAGCGUUACAGACUGAAGCAGCUGUUGCAGCAGCUGCCCCCUCAGGACAACGAGGUAACUACCCCUCCUGCAAACCCCGGCUACAAGGUGCGGUACUGCCACGCGCUGUCUGACGAGGAGCGCAAGGAACUGAGGCUGUUCAGCGCACAGAGGAAGCGGGAGGCGCUGGGCAGAGGACAGGCCAGGCAGCUGCAUGCACCAGCACCCUGCGAUCGGGAAUUCUACAAAAUAUUUUUAGUAAUGGUGACCGAUUGGAGCAAUUACGACGGCAACUGUGUAUCAUUACAGAUGACGAACAAGAAUUUAGAAUAA